UUAUUUUUUCAGUGACUUUAGUAGUAUCAGAUUGGUAGUGUUUCUGGUACUUGAGCCACCUUGACCGAGAGGUUUUUCUAAUUUUUUUGUUUAAUGCCACGCAAAUAAAAAUGUCAAUUCUUAUAAAAGUUCCUGGGGGCCACUUGUCUUCGCAUUGGGCCAUUCUGGAGCUACAGGGCGACCUAAAAUCCCACAGCGACACCAGCUUCGAAGGCAAAUUCAUCGGCGACUUGCACUUUACAAAAUCGGGGACUCCCGUACUAAUAAUCGGACACCACCUCAUGUUCGGCAAAGAGAUGAAAAUGGAGAAACCUUUCGCCCUCUUAGAGAAACAAAACGGGGAUGAAGGAACCGAAUAUAUGGUCAAAACCAUAAUCACGAGGAAAAUCAUCUUUAAAACACGACCCAAACCAAUCGUCAGUAAUUAAUUUAUUGCGUCUAUUUAUAACUAUUUUUUAUAAAAGUUAAUUAAUAAAUAACAUUAAAUCAGA